UUUUUUUUCUUCCUGCGGCAGUAAUUUCCUUCUCCAGUCUUUGAUACCCUCGCAAAGGAAUGAACUCUAUCCGCCAUUUCUUAGAGUUUGUACUCCCAAGACUUCUGGCUAGGCAUCCAAAAGGUAAAGAGGGUGGGUUUUUUGGACUAAAUCUAGACGAGGUCCCCUUUUCCCACACGACCUCGUUCAGACUUUUGCCUAUCCCAUACCUAACCAAGAAAGAAUUUUUUUUAAAAAUAACUCGGUGGAUGGAUGGGAAAAGGUCAACUCGCAUCCAGGCUCCUGCCUGCUCGCUUCUCGCUUGAUUUAACCUCCACUCACUAUCGAUAAAACCGUUUCCUGCACAAACUACGUGUGGAUUUCCUGAUUCUUGUCAGACUCUUGCCCGCGUCAAGGCAACGGAACGGCACGACACAACCCCAGGGACCCGUCCAAGGCAAGAAAAAAAAAAAAAAAAAAAAAAAGAAGGUUCACUCACCUAGGUAAACAAAGCGGGUUUCGGUCUUUUUGUGCAUUUUGUCCACUUUCAGGGUUGAGCGGAGUAAUUUUACCUUUUUCUUUUUUUUUUCCUGCCCUCCACGCCAACGAACCUCUUCUAGACGGGGACCCGUCGUCUCAGCCCUUUGCAGCUCGCUCAAAUACACACAGUACAGUGUACAAGAGUUCAUUGUGCGGUGGAGCCUAAAAGAAAAGGCUAAGGUGCCCAAAAGGUGGUCGGGCCAGCAUGCGGGCUUGUUGCCGCUGCCGCUGCUCCCGCACCCGCCCGGCACACACACACGCACACACAAGCCACUCAGCCCUGCACCGCGCUUAGGUGCCCUUUCUUGCCAAUUCUCGGAUCUCCUAGUGGCCUCGAGGCCAGACCUACGCUGCUGUGCUACGUCCAUACGUGUCAAGCAAUGGAAACGACGGGGCAGAGCAGUCAUGGGGGAGCCCAGCAUCAACAGCAACAGCAGAUCCCCCCGUUGUUACCCCCUCCCCGGCCGCUGCCACUAUCAAGUACAAUUGUAGCGAAAGAAGAGCCGGGCAGUUUGGACCCGCCUCGCAAGCCGAUCAAGAAGCGGAUCCGGAAGCCUAGAGGGCGAGGAUUACGGACCAAGACCGGUUGCUUGACAUGCCGCAAAAGGCACAAGAAAUGUGACGAGAGGCUGCCAAUAUGCAGUCACUGUGCAACGUCAAACCGCGACUGCGUCUGGCCAGAUAUUCAAGCCAUGGAUGCGGUUGCUACAUCUGCAGCCGCCGCCCCCCAGCUAUCGUCUCCGACAGCUGGAUCAGUAGAUGGACACUCGGACAGACCCCCAACCAGCCACUCAGCAAUCAUACCGUCAGCAGCCUCGCAAUCAAUGUAUUCUCAUCUUCCAUCCUCUUACCAAAAACAUCGUUCCCAGUCCCAAUCUCAAGAUGGCGAUCCUCGUGGGUCUUAUGGGUCCAUGGGGAGCUCAUCGCAUAACUCUUCACCAUCCGCCAGAAGGGGCUACUCUCCCGACCCGGCUCCCACGAGACCAAGUCUUCCGCCACCCGGGCCCGUGGCCCCGACCCUCGACUACAACUUCCCAAAUGGCCCCAUCCCAGACUCUCAUAACAUAGUGGACCCUGCACUGGCGGCCAUGUAUCCAAACAUGAAACCCAAACCUCCAAUACCAGAACUGUACCCUACCCACAGGCAAAGGAAAUCCACCAGCGUGUCGACGGCGAGUCCUCGCAUUGCAGAUCUCCUCAUUGACACCACCCAGCCUAUUCAACACUCACCUAAAUCACCAGAAACAGUCACUUCGGAUGGAAUGCUCAGCGCGGGUGUCGCUAGCACGAGGUGGCUCGACCUCCUCGCAGGUGACGCCGAAGAGGCAGACAGUGGCUUCUCACUCGGCCGCCGUAACAGCAAGUCGCAGCUGCCACCACACACUCUAAAUGAUGGAAUGCGCCGCCUCAGCCAGGAAAGAAUGGGACCUGCCGCCUCCGGGAGCGGCUUGAGGAUAUCCAACAGCCGGUGUGGCGUCAUGGGCAGGCUGGACUGGGACAUACCUGAGAGAUACCCCUGGCAGGAGGCAACUGAUAUGGAACUAACCUCAAACGAAGCAGCUCUAUUCCGCGCCUUUGCCGAGCGGUCGGCAGUCUGGCUUGACAUAUUUGAUCCGUGGAGGCACUUUUCGACCUAUGCGGUAAGGCUCGCCAUGCGAAAUGUUGGCCUGAUGAAGGCCAUCCUGGCUCUCCAGGCCCGGUAUGCAUCAGUAGCUCAGCAAAGGGCUGCAAAUCAAGACCCAAGGCCCGGGAAUCAUCACAGGGAUAUGUUCAUAACCGCAAACGUGGACCCGACAGAUGCGGUGCAAUACUAUCAUGAAGCUUUGCACUAUGUCUCAACAGCGCUUCAAUACCAUUCCUAUGCCCACAGUGAAGAGCUAUUGGGGACGGCUCUUGUCAUUAGCACGUAUGAGAUGCUUGACGCGUUCAACUCGGCAGUGCCACACGAACUGAACUCUGCCGUUUCAAACUGGCAGCGACACCUGAAGGGCGUGUUUUGGAUUCAACGUUCCCAGGACGUCAAUGGAGCGUCAGGAGGGUUGAGACAAUCAGUAUGGUGGGCCUGGCUCAGGCAAGACCUCUGGGCGGCUUUCCGCGAAGGUAGACGGUGCCUGAGCUUCUGGCGACCGGUCGUUGACUAUCCCAGCCUGACCCAGUGCGAGCUCGCUGACCGGGCCGUGUACCUGCUCAGUCAGGCCGUCAACUACUGCGCAGAGUCUGGACCUGACAAAGACAAAGGUCGGCCUGACUUGGUAGCCCGUCGAGCCGAGAGAGGCGAAGAGCUUAUGGACAUGCUUGAACGGUGGAAGUCGUUCCUAGGCGACGGCUUCCGGCCGCUGCUCACGGCCCCAGGGACCGGCCCGUCAUCAGCAAGCCACCACGAACAUCCAAUAUCCGCACCUUCUGUCGGAGCCUCAUCGACGGGAUCCUUUGCAGCAGCGUCACCAGCCGAAGGUGACCCCUCGCACGGAUGGCAACCCAUAUGGAUUCAUCCGCCCCAAUUCGCUGCUGCCAUGCAGGUGUACAGCUUUGCAAAAAUCCUCGUCAGUCUGAACCGGCCCGCGGCAGGUGACUUUGACGAGCAUGCCAGAGCACAGAUCCUCAGUGAAUCAGCAUCGACAAUCUGCGGUAUCGCCAUGGAACUGAAAGACCAGAGCUGCCAAAUCAUGUCGGCAAAGUGUCUUUUCGGCGCGGGUCUCUGCGUCCAGCGACAGGUCCAGCAGGACACCAUAAUAUCGCUCAUCCAGGCCUGCGAGGCUAGGACGGGCUGGCCAAUGGCCACAUUGCGAAGUGAACUUCGGAAAGAGUGGAGGCGGGGUGAUGUAGAGAUGAGAGAUGUAUGAUGAGACAAAGCAGAAGAAAAAAAAAGCAAAGAGAAAAAAAGAAUUGCGUGGAGAAAGGUGGGAAAGAAUAUUCCCGAGAGCGCGUUAUCUUGCGUCACAGUAGAACAAGAGGUAGUAGAAAAGGCCAGGUAGAUGGCCAAUGCAUCGUCCCACAAAGAACAGAGCUUGGGGGAUGGAGGCAAAAUUCCCGGAGUGAGUCUCGUUUAUUACGAGCACACCGACAGUAUAUGUGAUGAUGCCAACUUCCGAAGUAUGAGAUGACAGCAGAAGGGACUUGAUCAGAGUCGGUUCGAAGCAAAAGCAACCCAUGAGAGAGAAAGAGAGGGAGCGAGAGAGGAGAGAGAUAUCAAGCAACCUUCCACGCAAGGCAAGGCACCAAUGAAUCCCUGGACAUGGGGGCGAUAUCGGAAUUCUUAUACUGGACCCAUCCCUGGGGACCUGCCAACUCGAACUGAGUUGCAGGCCUUUUUUUGGGGCAAUGACUCCGAGAAUAGAGCCGCGUCUCGUGGACUAGGGUAUAUAUUAUUAUUUUUCUCUUCUUUACCGAUCUACCACGGUAUUGUUUUCCCGAUCUCGCCUUGUCCUCCGG